UUUUUAUGAACUCAACAAUACUGAAGUAUCUAAUAAUUAUAAAGUUAUAGUACUUUUUUUUUCUUACAACAUGUAUCCAGCUAGGAGUUGUACAACCUCCCAUGUAUUAAUACCUGUUCAUGUAUAGGCCUGAAUAUUACCAUUCUGUAAGCAGCAAUAUUAAUUGUUUUUCUUCUAUGGAUAGAGCACAUAAACCGACUCCAUCCAGAAAAGGCACCUAAAAAAGUAUCUAUUAUCAUUUUAAUGUGUUUCAGUUAUGAGAAACCAUACACAUAGUUUGGAGUCAAAUUCAACCACAAAAUAUUUGGGACUUCACAUUGAACCUUACAUCAACAAAGCUAAUUUGUGUAAGCCAAAUAUCUUCUCAACAUUGCCUCUUGUUUCAUAAUUCAUGAAUGUAAUAAAUUGUGAUCUGCGGUAAAAGUUCACGUUUUAUUCCGUCGUGCUUUUCAGCAAAACAAACAUAGUUUACAGUUAGUGAAUAUAUUGCUGGCUCCUCGCUCCUUCCUGUUGAAACGAAACAGCAUUUUUUUUUAGGCAGAGGAAAUUCGAGAAGAAUCUUAUUUUGAAACAUCUAACAACCGGAAGUUUAUUUGCUUCGUACAUCCACCUUCCAGCAGGCGUUUCCAGCAGAGAGGUAAUUACAAACCAAAGCGGUGCGGACCUCUGGAAGGCAGUGAUGAGUUUUAUUACGAGAGAAUAAAAUAUUCUGUUCUGGGAUCAAACAUAUUGUGUUAAAAAUAAGUUCAGGAAGGACGUAAGGGGAGAAACGGCUGUGGAAAAUGGAGUUUAAGUGGUUGAACCUGGAGGAGCAGCACCACUAACUUCACUCGGGAGGCGACCUAGUGUUGCGACUCUACAAAAUAUGCUGAAAAUGGCUUCUCAUGAUCCCCCUCAUCGUCACUACAAUAAUGGAGUCCAAGAAGACUUUCCGUCAAGGCUUCAGAACGGAGACUCUGCAGAUUUGAUCAGAGCAAACCCUUUUUAUGCACAUUACAAGGAAUCGACCAGCAGCACUGAUGGAACAGAGGCUUCAAUACAACCAGACAAUUUCAUCUCUGUACCCACUAUGAAAUUCAUAAGCUCACCUCAGGAACUUGGUUAUGAAAUCAAGACCACGGAAAACAAAGAUCUUAAUGUGCCUCAGCGGUACGACCCUAAAGACGAGCUCUUCAGUCCGUCCUCUCUGAGGCUCAACACCACCGCCAAUGGGGAUUUUCAUGAUUUGGUUCAAACACAAAAGUUCUCUAAACGCAGACAGAGAAAUGGCUCAGACGUUGUCACGGAUGAUGUGGAUGCUUUGUUUGGCUCACCUAACAAAGCCGAGGCACCAAACCCAUUUUGUAAAACUUCGGCCUCAGAAGCAGAUUUGUUUUCCAGGAACAGUGAGGAACUCUUCCAUCCAGACAAUACCCCCAGCACCGACAAUGACAAUUCUUUUAAGAAAGGAUUUGACGUAUUUUCACCGCCUACAAAUCCUGUGGAUCCAUUCCCACGUCCGCUCCCAAGGAAUUUAUUCAAUGUCCCCAGUUUGGAUGAUCCUUUCGGUCCAACUCCCUCCAAGACAAUGUCCUCUACACCUUUAACCAAUCGCCCAUCUGAGAUGAAGUUAGACACGCCGGUCUCAACAGGUUUAGCAAAGAAAACUCCACCAAAAGUUCCUCCAGUUGUUCCACGAAAGCCUGCAACCAAACCAAAAGAUUUUUUGACGACGCCUCAGGGAAGCAAAGAGGAAUUUCUUGAGCCGACCUCCUUCAGCCAGGCCAGCAGUCUGUCCUCCUCGCCCAGCUUUUCUCCAGCUGAUGUGACUCACGUGCAAACUUUCAAACGGCCACCAAGACCCCUUCCUCGAACUCGACGCCCCAAAGCAGAGAAGCCACCAAAACCAGAGAGGCCUCCACCCCCAGUAUACUCUACUAAAGUGGAACCAGAAGUACCUGAACCACACACUGCUGAGCCAGAACCGCCAAAACCGCCGCCUAAACCAGUCCUCAAACCAGUCCUCAAACCUCUUCCUAAACCAGUCCUUCCUCACAAACCAAAGAAAAUGGAGAGCAAACCAUUGGAACCUGAGAACUUUGUCGUGUUUGAGGACGUCCUCCUUAUCGGACAGGAACGCUGUGUGGAGGAUUGGCCUGAGGACAGUCCUGAGCUGGAUCCAGACUUUAAGCCAUCGGGAACAUUUAAGCUACGAAGAGAGUCGCUGAAGGUCAAGAUGGAGUCAGACGGAGGAAGCAGCGAAGACCCCGACGGUACCUUUGGCCACGUUAAGAAAAGGGACAGGAAACUGCGAAUGUCGCUGCUGUCCAGAAGAAGCUCAAAGGACAAGUACUCAGAUGAUGCCAUGGGGGAAAAGAGCAACACGCUGCCCAGUCGACGAAAAUCCCCCAAGGACUUUGGUUCCAGUGACCAUAUUUCCACAGGAGAUGAUGAAGAUCCUUAUAGUUUGGACUAUAAAAAAAAAUCUACAAAGACCAAAGUCAAUCGCCUGUUUCGGAGAGCCUCCAUUGGUUCCUCUGCGUACGAUGACGAGCUUUCACUGCAACAUUCAAAGGACGGUGACCAGAAGAAAAGCAGCAAGAGGAGAAACACCACUGUACGUCGACAGUCGGCGGACUCGGUGUUGGACGGAGAAGAUUAUGAGGAUGGGGAGAAAGGUGGCCAUCGGCAGAGGAGGAAUAGCAAGGUGAAAGUCAAGUUUGUGCCACAAAGAGGAUUUGCCAUAUCAUUAGAGAAGUCACACAAUGAACCAAAAGGAGCUCAUGGCUACACGUCUCGCAAGGGCUCAAAGGACAAAUCUGUUGAAGAGUCUGGAGCGCAUGGCUACACACCUCGUGACAAGCUCCAGGAUGAUGAUUUUGAAGGCCUCGAGGAGGUGGAAGCCCUCAGCCGUCGCUCAGCUAAGGCUGCCUUCACGGACGACGAACAGCAAACGUCUCAUCGUUACUCACCGAGUCUGCAGGGGGACGACGACGUUGAAUUGAGCAAAGAACGCAAACAUAAAAAGUCCAAACAUAAGAUUCAUCUGCCACACAAAUCUAAGGCAUCGCAUGGACUGAAUGAGAAGGGCUCCACUGAUGAUGAAAUGACAGAAAAAGACAUGAAGUCUCACGAAGAGGAGUAUGAUGAAGAUCCAGAUGAGAUUGAAAUGCUCAAACUGAAAAAGCCAGUUAAGCCUAAAGUUCCCAAAAAACACAAGCACAAGAGCAAAAAGGCCAAGAACCAAUCAGAAGCCCCGUCUGAUGAGCACCUGUCUGAGGCUGCCCAGGCGGCAUGGCAGGCUGCUCGGAUGGACGAACAGGUUGCAGCCGGCGAAGAGGAGGAUGAGGAGGAAGACGGGGACACGGACAGUUUAUUGGAGUGGUGGUACACGGUAGAAAAAUGGGACGAAGUGGCAUCGGAUGAAGAGGAUGCAGCCGUCAAAGAGGAUGAGUCAAAGUCAUUCACCAUCUUGGCAGAGAAGGUCGAACGCGGCCUGCGUCUCUUCAACAAGGUGUUCACCGAACAAGCCGAGGUCCUGUGGGAGUCCAUCAUCUCGCUCCACGCUCUUGCCGACGACAUCAACGAGUUCCAUCACAAAGCCAAGAUCGCUGGGAUCAGCGGGGGCACCACCACCGCGGUGGGCACUGUGGCGGCCAUCACUGGCCUGGCCUUGGCUCCCGUGACCUUCGGAGCGUCCCUCGUAAUCACGGCCGUGGGCGUGGGGGUGGCAACGGCCGGGGGGAUCACCUCCGCCUCUGCGGCCAUCUCCGAUAACGUCAACAACAAGAACGACCGCAAAAAGAUCGAGGGUCUGCUGCAGGAGUACGAAGAGCGAAUGCUGGAGAUCUCGAACAUCCUCCACUUCGUCAACCAGGGCUUGCGCAGGCUGCGCGGCCACCCUUUCCUCAGGUCCGGCACGCAGCACUAUUCCCAGGACUGGGAAGUCCGCAGGGCGGUCCAGAUGAUCAGCAUUGUGGAUUCGCCUGUGAUGCGAGCGACAGAGAUAACCGACGACGUUGUGGGCUCCCUGCGAGGACUCUUCAAAGGAAUGGACAAGUACUUCGUAAACGAAACCAGAGAGCUGAAGAAAGGCUGCAAGAAGGAGAUUGUGGCCGUAAUAAGACAAGUGGCAAACGUGCUGAAUGACUGCAUCGUGGAGCUGAACGCCAUCAGAGAGAAUCUGCAGGAUGCUACUGGACAGAUGUGAACAACCUUCAUGAUCACGCUGAGCACGGCUCACCACUGACAUCUCCUGGCUGAAACCAAGAACUGCUCUUCCAUAUUGCAUCAUUGGUGGAAAAUAUUCCACCUCUGUGAAACUCCUGAAGAUAUUUUUGGCAUUGUGGCUGAGAAAUGACUUUUUUCCAGCUUUUUUAACUCCAGAUGAAUUUUGUACUUGAAAAGUAAAACACAGAUCAGUUUCUUUAUUCAUUCACCCUUUUGUUCAGCUUGAGCAGCACCAAAGUUUUUUCCUAUAUAAAUGUGACAGGAGGUUUACUUUGUUAGAAUUGAGUCAGUUUGGAAAUAGUUGAUUUACUAUACCUUGAAAUAGUUUAUCAAAGACUUUGACAAAGUCUGUAACCCUCUUCAUUAUAUUGACAUAAUAUGAAGCAAUAAGGUUCGAAUAUGUUUAACAGUUAAUCUAGUGAACCGAAGUGAUGAUUGUCAGAUUUUGGCAGAAUGUUCUGCAGGUUAAAGACCCGUCUACUGUAAAUGAGACUUUUAAACUUUUACGUUGUAAAAAAGAAUCUUGCUUUCAUAAUCUGGUGUCUAUAGACACAUUUAUUCUUAUAACUUAAAUCCGUUUGUUCGAAAUAUAUCUUAUGUUUUUAAACGAGGGAGUUAGUUUGGUUCAUUCAGAAGCUUGAACACAUUUUAAUGCUUUUUAUUUUUCCUUAAAGAGCUGUCUUGAAUGAAUGCAAAGCAUGUUGUAUGACAAACUGAAGUUUUUCUGCUUGAUUAAAGGCGCAUUAUCAUUUUUAUCAACCAUAUUGAAUCAUAUAGCAGCUAUUUUACCUGUGGCCACAUUUAAUUAUUGUCAUACUUAACAUUUUGACUUAUCCAACUUUGAUAGGUCACUGACUUAGCAAUGCUGGGGCAUUUGUUCAUUUAUUUGCAUUUUAACAUGAAAUGAAUGUAACUGUAUAGGUUUUACAUUGUUCUGUUUUACUAUAUUCAAUAUGUACUGGUUAACCCAAGAAUAAAAUGUAAAAAUGA